AUGUCGAGUGUCAGGUGUGGUACCACAAAGAUUAGUGUUGAUGAAAUUGAGUAUGUAUGGACUAUUGAAGAUUUUCCACUACUCAGGACACUGGCAUCAAGUCGUGCUCUUCCAAAUUACGAUCGCAUCUUAAGUCCUAAAUUUGGUGACCCAUAUAAUGGAUAUUGGUAUCUGGCCUUAUUUCCAGCUGGUGUUAAUUGCGAUGGUACACUAAUCUCAGUGUAUUUAUUUUCUUCAUCAGAUAUUGUGCAAGUUGCCUUAUUUGAGAUUUCAAUUUUGGACAGUGAUUUGUCGCCUGUACAGGGAUCGGAAGUAACUUUGUCCCAUCCUAGGUUAUUUAGUGAGAGUGAUCCUAGUUGGGGAUGGGAAGAUUACAUCCAGAUAAAAACACUUAAGAAGGAUCAAACUAGUUGUACCUUUGAUAUGGAACCUUCAACAACCUCUUCAUCAACACAAAGUUUGCCCUCACCAUUUGACUAUAGCACCCAUAGAAUAAGGUCAAGUAAUGAGUUACUAUUUUUGACAGAAGAAGACUCAGGAGCUUUGGCUCUAGAAUCUCACAACGUAUGCGAAUGUGUCGAAUAUGAAGAGACAGAAAUAUUUUCCAACUGGGAAAAUACUACUCUUCGCCAUUGCAUAUUUGAUGGGAAUUUGAGGUUAAAAGUAACUGUAAAGGUACAUCAUGGACUAAAGAACUCCAAUGGAAGUAUAAUUUUGCCUAACGAAAUAACUAGAAGUGCAUCGGAGGAUUUUAUGAGGUUAGCUAAGGAUAUUGCAACAUUUUCUUCAAGUUGCUAUGAUAUACCAACAGAAAUUAUAUCGUUGCGAAGUGGUCGACAAGUAUUUAAUGUUCCAAAAUUCACUUUAGCAGCACGUUCAAGAUACUUUCGUGCACUAUUUAGUACUAGCUUCCAAGAAACUAAAAAAAUUAUUUUCAAUAUACCUGUAACAGAUGCAUCAUCAUAUGUGCUUGAAAAUGCAAUCGAAUAUAUUACGACUGGGGACUGUAAAUUGCUACACUGUGAUUUAUCAUCAGAAUGGCGUUUGGUACUAAAUUUAUUUCUCUUUGCUGGGAAAUAUGAAGUGGAUUCUUUAUAUGAUGCAUGUAUUUUACCACUAAUUGCAUCAAUUAAUGCUGACUCAAUUUGGGACAUUUUAAUUGCUGGUCAGCAACAAAACUCUAGUACAUUGUUAAAUGCAGUACAUGACUUUCUAAAGUCAAAAGUAGAUAUUUCGGCACUAGCUAUUUCCUUUAUGAGAUAUUCAUUUGAUUCAACCCACAAGGAACACGAGAUUAUCUUAUCUGAACCUAAUGUUCUUGAGACUAGAGCAGUGAAUGCAUCUAUCAAUGAAUUUUCUGAUAGCACAGCGAAAAGUAGUUUGGUUGGAAAAAGAGGACAGAGUAACUUGGUAUUUGAUAAUCAAAAUAAGAACCUAAUUUCUUGCAAUGGAACUAGAAGGAGUGGCUUAAAUUAUUUCCUAAAUAAGAGUAAACAGUUUAGUAAAUGCAACUACUCAUACUCUUGUGAUUUACAAAAUACUUCUAAAACGGAAAAUCCCCAGAUUUAUUUUUUCGGUAGGACUCGGGGUGAUGGAGAAACACAAUCUAACCUAGGACAGUAG